AUUAUGGGUGGCAUAGUUUAUUUAAACAGGAAGCUACUGACAUCCAAGACGCGAAAUUCAGGCGUGGUGAGGGUGGGAGAUGCCACAUGUUCGCCCCAGGCAUGGCGACGUUGUUUGACGAGAUCAGCCAUCAGCUGGACUUCUCUAGCUGUGAAGAAGAGGGGAGCAGCAGUGACAACAGCUCUGAUGACUGCACCUCCAGGAUCCGCAGCCCCAGGAUCCACAACCCCAGCUCUGCGUGCAGGACGCCCAGCAUCCAACGCCACCGCAGCAGAAGCAACACCCUAUGUUCCCCUGUGCAGUGCACCAGCCCCAUACCUUACGCUUCCUGGAGGAAACUGAGGCUAUGUGACUCUCCCAGUACCCCCAAGAGCCUGUUAUCGAAGUCGUCCCAGCCUUGCUCCAGCACUAAGAUAGGUCGUCCUCAGAGGACCCUGCGUUUUGCCUCAUCUGCUGCUAACCUCAUCCAGGCACCCUCUGUCAAUGUGAAUCCUUUCACCCCUGAAGCAGUCCGCAGGAGCAGCGAGCAGCAGUGGAAGAGCUGUUGUAGGAGUGAUGAUGACGAUGAUUAUGGACGCAGGUUGAAACACAGCCUGGCGUCAUCUGAGGAGGAUGAUGAAGCCUUUCUCCCACCAAAGAGGCGUGCUGUCCAGGCCCUCAUGUUGUCACGCUAUGAGAGUGAGUUCCUGGAGCUGGAGUGCAUCGGUGUAGGCGAGUUUGGGGCCGUUUACAAGUGUGUGAAGAGGCUGGAUGGUUGCUUGUACGCCAUUAAACGCUCUCGCCGACCCCUGGCGGGCUCUGCCAAUGAGCAGCUGGCCCUCAAAGAGGUGUAUGCACAUGCUGUUCUUGGACACCACCCACACGUUGUUCGCUAUUAUUCAGCAUGGGCAGAAGACGAUCACAUGAUUAUUCAGAAUGAAUACUGUGAUGGUGGAAGUCUCAGCGAUGUCAUUGUGAAGAAGGAGAGGCAGGGUGAGCUGUUCUCAGAGGCCGAGUUGAAAGAUCUGCUCUUACAAGUGUCGAUGGGGCUGAAAUACAUCCACAGCUCAGGCCUCGUACACCUGGACCUCAAACCAAGUAAUAUAUUCAUUUGCCAGCGCCCCAGCACAAGUGCAGCAGGUGAAGGGGAGAGUGAGGAGGAAGAUGACCGAAGCACUUCAGCAGGAGUCAUUUACAAAAUUGGGGACCUUGGUCAUGUGACAUCAACCAAAAGUCCUCAAGUUGAGGAAGGGGACAGCCGCUUUCUGGCAACUGAGGUCCUGCAUGAGGAUUACAGCCACCUGCCCAAAGCUGACAUCUUUGCUCUGGGCCUUACGGUUCUGCUGGCAGCUGGCGCGCCUCCUCUGCCUCAAAAUGGAGAUGAGUGGCACAGUCUCAGAGAGGGGCAGCUCCCUAUACUACCAAAAGAGCUAUCCCCUCCCUUCAGAGGCCUGCUUCAGUUGUUGCUGGAUCCAGACCUGACGAAGCGGCCAUCUGCCAGGGAGCUUUGCAAGCACACGAUCUUGAGGCAGGAGAGGACUGGGGUGGUGGCUGCUCAGCUACGCAGACAGCUCAAUGAAGAGAAGUUCAGGACAGCCAUGCUUGAAAAGGAACUCCAGGAGGCUCGUCAGGCAGCUUUGUCACCCAAGCAGAGCCUCCUCCCUGGGCUGAAACCCACUGUUAAGAUGGGGUCUAUGCCCAAAGCAGGAAGGAGGCUUGUUGGUGGGAAGACUGCGCGAUCCAUGAGCUUUGGUUGCACGGGAUAUGGAGUCUGAUUGGACGUCGUGAGGCCCAUAUGCCUGUCCUUUUUGCUCUGAUAUGCAACUCCUUCUGUAACCAGGCUGUGGUAACAAUGUAGCAUGUCUAAAUGACCUAUACAGCAAGGAUUUAGUUGGAACUGAUUGAAAUAACUGAGUGGAUGGAGUGAAAUUGUAAAAUAUGCAGACAGGGGGAGUGAGACCGGUUUAUCGCAAGUGGAAGUGGUGAGAGAAGUUGUGGGUGACUGUGGGGCUGUGAUUGUAGUGUCUAGUGGGCUGAGCAGUGUGAAGCUGUUUGGCCACAGACUGGCGAUCUCCUCCUUGUCCCCCUGCUCUUCCUCUCGUCUCUCCUCCUCCUCCAUGAGCAUCCUGAAAGCCUCUUUCUCACUGGCCAGCCGCUCAUACUCCUGCAGAGCGAUAUGAGUGUUCAUAAGGGUGCAAAGCUGUGGACAGCAUUGGUUUUAAAGGACUAAUCUGCAUAACUCAAACACUUUCAGUGAUUUUCUGGCUGAGGGGAGUUGUUGAUGCUGCAUAUCAAUCAAGGACUUGUUUUUUUUUUAACUGUAAAUAAACAUUUUAAUCAUUCUUAUCA